AUGGCUCACGGCUUGUUAGGAUCGAUGUCAGAUAGGGAGCAUCAAACAGUGUUUGUCACGGUGGGGACCACAUGUUUUGAUGCUCUUGUCACGGCGGUAGAUUCUUCAGAAGUGAAGAAGGCUUUAUUGCAAAAAGGUUAUAGUAAUCUUCUUAUUCAAAUGGGCCGGGGAACAUAUGUUCCAUCUAAGGUCUCAGGAGAUGCUACCCUUCAAGUUGAUCAUUUCACAUUUUCACCAAGCAUCGCUGACAAUAUGAGAACAGCUUCCCUAGUUAUCAGCCAUGCAGGUUCAGGAAGCAUAUUUGAGACACUACGGCUCGGCAAACCACUAAUCGUUGUUGUAAAUGAAGAUUUGAUGGACAAUCACCAGAGUGAAUUAGCAGAAGAAUUGGCUGAAAGGAAGCAUCUCUUCUGUGCACGCCCACAAACAUUGGGAGAGACCAUCCGGGCAAUGGACCUAGAGACACUAGUUCCUUAUGAGCCAGGGGACGCCACACCAGUUGUCACCCGGAUAAACAGAUUUCUUGGCUUUCCAGUUGACUGA